AUGAAGACUGAACUGCGCACAUUGUUUGAUAACGGAUGUCCUUUACGUUACGAAUAUGAAAGGAUGAAUUGUACACGUUGGACUGAAUAUAUCAAGUUAAGGAAACUCAUACCUUUUGGGGAAACAUGCACUUUGCAAGUUAACGACCACGAGCUUAAUGUCACGUGCACGGAAGCUCUGACAAAUGGGCACAAAGAACCAAAUAGUGCACCACUUGUGACAAAACCAGCUGCACUGAACCAGGCUAACCCUGUCAUCGCUGCAACCAGACAGAAGACCGCUCAUGUGUCAUGGUCCGGACCUUUGAUUCGUGACAAAGAGGACAACGCGGAUUUAACUGUAACUGUUACACCAUUGCAAUCAGGGGCAUUGUUCACUAAAGGAUCUUACACGAUAUAUUUCUCAGCUAAAGACAGUGGUGGGCGUAUGGCACAGACGAGUUUAUCUUUUGAAGUGAAAGACAAACAGCCGCCGUAUUUCAUUGAAUGUCCAGGUGAUAUAAGUUUAGGUAUUGAUGCUCCAAAUAACACGGCAGCUGUUACUUGGGAUAUACCAUCUGGCACAGACAAUUCAAAUGGUCCACUGGAAAUAACAGAAAUUCAUGGAUAUCUUCCCGGGCAGAGGUUCGAAGCUGGUUCAAGGACAGUAACGUAUAGAAUCAAAGACUCUUCCAAUAAUAGUGGCGAUAGCUGUUCUUUCCACAUUCACGUGAAUUCGAGAAGCUGUGAUCCGCCCGAUAAUACAAGAUGGGUAGGAGAUGACAAGAUGAUAUACGUCUGUCCGCACCUCUACACAUUCGGCGCUACAUGCAGACUGUCGUGUAAAGGCGGCUACCCACUUGGCGGAGCUAACACCAUCACCUGUUUGCAGAACAUCAACAAAGACCUGGAAUGGCAAUGGGAUGCCAAUUCUUUAAAACCGUUUUGCAAAGAAACAAACUGCACUCAACUUCGCGAGCCAAAAAAUGGAGCCAUUGCUUGUAGCGAAUGGACCUAUGGACAAAUGUGCCUCAUGAUGUGUCAGAAGGGAUUUGACGUUCCUGCAAACAUUGAUGGUCAAUUCGUAUGUGGAACAUCGACUGGACUAUGGCGCCCAAGUCACAUAGUGCCAGACUGCAACGUCGCAGUUAAUCCCGACAUUAUGAACCUUCCUUCUGAGUUCUACUACUACACCGAUAAAUGCAAUUCUUCCACUGAAAAUAUAUUUGAAAUACAACACAACUUCAUUAACGCCUUAAACACAUCAAAAUAUUUAGAGUUUUGUACCUCAAAUCCCGACUGUCAGGCCCAAUUCGUGUCCAUUUCAUGUGGACCAACGUCCAGGAAAAAACGUGACACUAAUGUUUACCGUAGAGCAACACUGCAAUUUGCCUACAUCGUAGACUUUGAAAUUAGUUUAGCUUACCAUUCACUACCUAACGAAACCGAUAAUCAGGCUAUGGAUCGAAUUUCCUCAAUGCUAGACAACAUAGCCGAAUCGAUUCAUAUUGCAACUAGCAAUGGAGCGUUUGACAUUGCUGGUCUUGUAGUUGAGGCCGACUCCUUUGCUAGUGGAAUUCCUUCAGUCAAAUGCCCACCAGGAACGAUUGCGCGUUCCGCCAUGUCUACCUGUGUUGGAUGCCCAAUAGGACAAUAUUUGUCCAACAGAACACGAACAUGCAUAGAAUGUCCUCACGGGAGUUACCAAGACUCACCGAACAGCAUCAACUGCACACCAUGCCCAUCGCUUACUAACACAACUGGAAUCGGUUCAAGCAAAAUAGAAGAUUGUCGCGCACCGUGUCUUCCUGGAGAGUAUUCGCCCACAGGCCUUGUACCUUGCGCCAAAUGUCCCAGUUCUGCGUUCCAACCUGUUCCUUCGUCGAUCGUGUGCUCGCCCUGUCCAUCCGGAACAAGAGCACCAACCGAAGGCGCAACCUUUUCCGAUGGUCAACAGUCAGCUAAAAGUUGUAUCAGCCAUUCUUCAUCUUUGUACACCAUUGAUAAUCUGGCAAAAAUUCAAGACGCUAAAAUUGUAGUACCAUCGCUGUGUGAUGCAACAGAUGAGUGUUCAAGCAAACCCUGUGGUCAGCAUGAAUGUAUCAAUAUGAUUGGGGACUUCAAAUGCCAUUGCAGCAAUGGUUUCACUGGAAGACUGUGUGAAGUGCCUCCUGAUUUAUGUUCGUCAAACGAGUGUUCAAAUGGAGCGACUUGUUUGCACAUGGGCUCCAAUUAUUACUGCCAAUGUAGAUAUGGAUACAGUGGGCUGCUCUGUGAUCGGAAGGCUGUUGACGGGCAAUGGUCCUAUUGGACGGAAUGGUCUGUUUGCACACACACGUGUGGUGGCGGAACGAGAUCGAAAACUCGAGCGUGUGUCAGCCCACCGCCCGAACCAGAAGGUCUCGAUUGCGAGGGGGAAUCAAUUGUAUCGGAAGCGUGCAACACAGACAAGUGUCCAGAAUGCAGUGCACUGCGACGCCCGUACGGUGUGGAAAUCUCCUGCAACGAAUCUGUUGAGAUAAAAAGUUGCACUCUGACAUGCCGGCCAGAUUUCAAUAUUGGAUGUAAGAAGUAA